AUGAUGUUCAACUUACCUGCUCUGUGUACAUCAUCUGGAUUGAUAGUAUUUUGCUUUGUGCUUUCCAGAGAAAAGAAACUGAAAGCCAGAGUGCAGGAGUUGGUGAGUGCCUUAGAAAGACUAACCAAGAGCAGCGAAAUUCGGCAUCAGCAGUCUGCAGAGUUUGUUAAUGACUUGAAAAGAGCAAACAGUAACCUUGUGGCUGCCUAUGAGAAGGCAAAGAAGAAGCACCAAAACAAGCUGAAGAAACUGGAAUCCCAGAUGAUGGCAAUGGUGGAAAGACAUGAGACUCAAGUCAGGAUGCUCAAACAAAGAAUUGCUUUGCUGGAAGAAGAGAACUCAAGACCCCAUACCAAUGAAACAUCACUUUAAGAGAUACUUGUUUUCUUUUAAUCGAUGUGCCAUUACAAAAAUGACUCCUUACAAAACUCAUUGAGAUGGUAAACACAGAUGUGAAUCGAUUACAAACCAGGCAAAGUUGGAGAUCAGUACCUCAGAGAGAGAUUGCAACUUCGACAAUACACAGCCAUGGGCAGGAGCCCCAAAAGAAGUAUGUUUGAAUAGUUGAGCAUACUCAGUGCCUGAUGGUAAAUGUAUCAGUUUAUCACGUUUCCAUGUAAUAAUUUUACUUGAUAUUAUUGCAGAUUUUUUAAAUUUCAAAUUUGUAUGAGUAAGUAUAUUCUUCUGCUCUUAUUCAUUGAACAUUCUCUUUGGAGUCUACCAUAAUGAUGAGGCAAUGCUAAACAGCAGUGUACGCAUAACUUUCAUUUGGAUAAUAGUAUUUCUUUUCCCAUUUUCUUCUGCCAUUCAUUCUGCAUUUCCCCCUUACAAUGAAAAGCAGGUAUCCGUAGCCAGCCUCUGGGUAGACAGCAGGUCAAACAUUAGCACACAAUUGGCUUU